AUUGUUCCUGGGGAGAUGCCUAGGUCCCCAGCCCCUAGAGCUUUCGGUCUUUUCUGCCCUCCCCAGCCCGGUGCAAAAAGGUCCCUGGGGAGCCGCCCAUAGCUCCACCUGAGCGCCAACGCAAACAGCGACUCCUCCAGCUUGGUUUAUUGUCAGCGCAUUACUGAUUGAGCAUACCUCGAUCUAACUCGUAUCCAUCCAACCAUGGAUCUUAGGGCUGCGCGAGCACAGGCCGUGGACCGUAGACCACCCUCGCGGCAGGCUGUAUUUUCGCACCGAGCGACGCCAUGCCUUUCACGGACGCCCAGCUUAAUGAGUGCACAGUAUCGAGCUCGUGUGGGUGCUCAUGGCGGGCUGCCCCAGCUGCAACACCCGCGGGCAGCAUCGCGAGAUGUCGAUGUCUUCACGCCGGAGGCGUAUGAGCCGACUUACUGCCUGUACAACAACCUGAACCCGCGGACCAUGAAGCGCGAGUCGGGAACGCUGUGGGGCGCAACGCUGCUUGUGGCAGGCACCACCGCGGGCGCCGGCAUCCUAGCGCUACCGGCCGUGACGCAGGAGUCGGGCUUCGCUGCCACCUCCGGUGCGAUGGUGGGCGCCGCGGCCUUCGCCAUGGCCACAGGGCUGCUGGUCGCCGAGGUGGCGCUCAAUGUGGUGGCCCGGUACGGCAGCGACAACGUCACCUUCACCACCAUGGCCGAGAAGACUCUGGGUGGCACGGGCGCCUCCGCCGCCACCUUCCUCUACAUCUUCCACAACUACGCAAUCCUUGUGGCGUACGUGGCUCGUGCCGGUCAGAUCCUGGCAGUGGCUGCGGGCGUGCCCCAGCUGGCCGCCGCCGCGCUGUUCUCAGUGGGGCUGGGCGGCAUGUGCUACGUCACCACGCCAUCCCAGUUUGACCGGGUCAACGGGGCGCUGCUGGCAACAUACGCGUUGACCUUUGCGGCGCUGCUGACCAUUGCGGGCUCGGAGGUGGACGUGCCGGUGCUGGCCGCCGCCAACUGGGGCGCCGUGCCGCCCACCCUGCCGGUGCUGGCCCUGGCCUUCGUGUUCCACAACGUCGUGCCGGUUGUGGUGCACAACCUGGAAUGUGACGCCGGCAAGAUCCGCUCCUCCAUCAUCAUGGGUGUGAUCAUCCCGCUGAUCAUGUACCUCCUGUGGGACGGCGUCAUCCUCGGAUCCCUAGAUAACCUGGCGGCGACGGCCGCAGAGGCCGCCGCCGCGGCGGCAGCAGCCAUCUCCGCCGCCUCCGCGGCGGCGGCGGCGGCAGCCGCCGCCGCAGCGGCCGCGGAAGCGGCCGCGGCCGCGGCCACCGCCGCCGCCGGUGACGCCGCGGCGGGUGUGGGCGCUUCCGCCGUGGCGGCGGCGGACGCCGCCGCCACUGCUGCGGCAUCAGCCGCGGCGGCGGCCGCGGAUGCGGCCGCCGGCAGCGGAAUCGCCGGCGCUCCGGCGAUUGCUAGCUCCGCAGAGCUGACUGCUGCGCUGGACCCGCUGGUGCUGCUGCAGCAGUCGGGUGGUCCGGUGGUGGCGCCGCUGGUGCAGGUGUUCAGCUUCCUGGCCAUCGCCACCUCCUUCACCGGGUUCGUGCUGGCGGCGGUGGACUUCCUGCCGGACGCCUUCAAGCCGCUGCGCGACGUGCCGCGUGCGGGCCGCUACGCGCUGGUGUGCCUGCCCCCCAUCCUGCUGUCCACCGCCUCCCCCGGCAUCUUCUUCGCCUCGUUGGACUUCGCGGGCACGUACGGCGUUAUGACGCUGUACGGCAUGAUGCCGGCCAUGAUGGCCUGGAGCAGCAGGUACGGCAGCAAUACGGCAGAUAGUGCGGCGGGUGCGGUUGGGGGCAUCGGCGGUUCAGAGGCGACGACGACGGCGGCUGCGGCGGCAGUUACAGCGCUGGCGCCGGAGGUGCAAGGGGCGCAGAAGGCAGCGGCAGGGGGCGGUGUGGAGGGUGCUCGGACGGUGGAGCUGGUUCCGGGCGGACAGGCGGUGCUGCUGUUGACUGGGGGAGCGGCGGCGGCGGUGAUCGUGAGCCAAUGGGUCAUGUAAGUGUGAUGUUAAAGGUUAGAGAUGUCAGGCGGUGAGAGCAGGCUAUCCAGGCUGAACUGCUGGCUUGUGAGCGGGAGCGUGGCGGGCUUAAUUUUGCUACGGUGUGCAUGGCGUGUACGUAGUGCAAUGGCACGGCUGCAUACUGAUGAGUGAGAGCGGAAAGAUGAGAUGCAUGAUAAUGGGUAAAAGCAUCGUCGAUAACUUUUACGAGCGGAAAGACUCGUUUCGUGAAUCCGGGGCCCAGAUUCGGGCAUGUGACAGCUGACGCAAUUGGCGAACGAUGUGGUGGAAUGGUGGAUGCUAGCACUCAAUUUUGGGCUGAGCCCCCCGAGCGAAGCGAUGAGGAGUGCUGUGGCUGGAGGAUUUCCUGCUGUUUGGACGUGUUUGGUUGUCCUGUGCUGGCUGUGCUUGUGCUUGGCAGCGGGACGUGGCUGUACAAACCGAUUCCGGCUAUGUCCGGGAGAUGAGGUAGACGCUGGCGGCCUCAGACUUGAUACGUGGCUCAGCCAUUUUUGCCAUGCGAGGGAAGAGAUCUUGUCACGGCGCACAACUUGUGUCAGACGGCGCGCAGGAUGAGCCGGAGCACAGUGUUCCGCGGCCAAUGGUACGGGGGGCCUGAUCAUUGCCUGAUGGGUUCAAGCUCCGGGCGCUGGAUAUACGUAAAUCUGUAAAUUCACAUGCUC